AACAGCCACAGCUCUUAUCGUGACUCCCUUGGAUCAACCAUGACAGUGACUGCACUCACGGCUGCUGUCAUGACAUGCCGAGCUACUGUGACGGGUCGCGACGUGCCAGGCUAUCACAGGUGCAUCUAGGGAGGUGAUGCUUCUCUACGUGGCACUGGUGAGGCCGCAGCUGGAGUACUGCAUUCAGUUUUGGGCGCUGCACUUCAAGAGGGAUGAACUUCUUCAUGGUAGCCGCGAGGAGCUGGUGGAGCGGCUGCAGACCUACACGCUGCAGACGGGCAUCGUACUGAGCAGACCGGUCCUGAGAGGAGAGGAUGGCGACAAGCCUGCCCCGCCGCCGCCACGCACGGGCCCGCUCUCGGGGAUCCCGAUGCCCCCUCCACCGAUGGGGAUGCCCAUGCAGCCUCCACCGCCCCCUCCCCCGCCACCAGGCAUGGGCCUCAAUUACUCCAUGGGGGUGGGGCCACCCCCGCCACCUCCCAUGGGACCUCCCCUGCGUGUCCCCAGUGUGGACCCCGUGGCCCUUUCAGAGGAGGAGCGCCUCAAGCUGGCCCAGCAGCAGGCUGCCAUGAUCAUGCAGCAGGAAGAGCGGGCCAAGCAGGGGGACAAGCUGAAGGAGCAGGAGUUGCUGGAGCAACAGAAGCGGGCUGCUGUUCUCUUGGAGCAGGAGCGCCAGCAGGAGAUGGCCAAGCUGGCCCCCCCAGUGCCCCGCACGCCCCCCGAUGCAGGGCCAGUGAGACCCGUUGGAGCCAUGGGGCCACGACCCCCCAUGGCACCCAGAGGUGGUGCCCCAGUGGGGGCUCCGCUGCCUGGGGUUCCCAUGGGGGCCCCCAGCCCGAGGCCCCGCGGGCCCCCCCCUCCCCCUGGAGAGGAGAUCCGAGAGCCAGACGACUCGUCAACCGGCCCCAAGAUCCCACAGGCACUGGAGAAGAUCCUGCAGCUGAAGGAGAUCCGGCAGGAGGAGCUUACAGUGCCGGGUGCCCCUGAUGAUGAUAUGGAGACAGACUCAAGGGCCUUGCUCAGCAUCUCUGCCUCGGAGACCGAGGAGGACAUGCUGCUCUCCAAGAAAGAGAGAAACCGGAAGCGGCGGAACCGGAAGAAGAAGAAGAAGGGGCGAGUUGGGCGGGAGGCCACAGGGCGCCAGGGCCUGGCCUCCACAGCAACCCCUGAGACCAAGGGCCCCGAUGCCACCGUGGACAUCGAGUAUGUCACCGAGGAGCCUGAAAUCUAUGACCCCAACUUCGUGUUCUUCAAGCGCAUCUUCGAUGCCUUCAAGCUGACAGACGAUGUGAAGAAGGACAAGGAGAAGGAGCCUGACAAGGCCGACAAGCCCGAGAGCGCUGCUGCCCCCAAGAAGAAGGGCUUCGACGAGGGCCGCAAGGGCAGUGAUGAUGACAGCACUGAUGAUGAGCAGGAAAAGAAGCCCGAGGCGCCCAAGCUGUCCAAGAAGAAGCUGCGACGCAUGAACCGCUUCACUGUGGCUGAGCUGAAGCAGCUUGUGGCACGCCCGGACGUCGUGGAGAUGCAUGACGUGACAGCGCAGGACCCCAAGCUGCUGGUGCACCUGAAGGCCACACGCAACUCAGUGCCGGUGCCACGGCACUGGUGCUUCAAGCGCAAGUACCUGCAGGGCAAGCGUGGCAUCGAGAAGCCGCCCUUUGAGCUUCCUGACUUCAUCAAGCGCACUGGCAUCCAGGAGAUGCGUGAGGCUCUGCAAGAGAAGGAGGAGCAGAAAACGAUGAAGUCGAAGAUGCGGGAGAAGGUGCGGCCCAAGAUGGGCAAGAUCGACAUCGACUACCAGAAGCUGCAUGACGCCUUCUUCAAGUGGCAGACCAAGCCCAAGCUCACCAUCCACGGGGACCUCUACUAUGAGGGCAAGGAGUUUGAGACGCGGCUGAAGGAGAAGAAGCCAGGGGACCUGUCGGACGAGCUGCGCAUUGCCCUGGGCAUGCCUGUGGGGCCGAACGCGCACAAGGUGCCCCCGCCCUGGCUCAUUGCCAUGCAGCGCUACGGCCCCCCACCGUCCUACCCCAACCUCAAGAUCCCGGGCCUCAACUCCCCCAUCCCUGAGGGCUGCUCGUUCGGGUACCAUGCCGGGGGCUGGGGAAAGCCGCCUGUGGAUGAGACGGGGAAGCCGCUGUACGGGGAUGUCUUCGGGACCAACGCCGCUGAGUUCCAGACGAAGGCAGAGGAGGAGGAGAUUGACCGGACGCCCUGGGGGGAGCUGGAGCCCUCAGAUGAGGAGUCCUCAGAGGAGGAGGAGGAGGAUGAGAGCGAUGAGGAGAAGCCUGACGAGACUGGCUUCGUCACACCCGCCGACAGCGGGCUGAUCACGCCGGGCGGGUUCUCGUCGGUGCCAGCCGGCAUGGAGACCCCCGAGCUCAUUGAGCUGCGGAAGAAGAAGAUCGAGGAGGCCAUGGACGGGAGCGAGACGCCGCAGCUGUUCACGGUGCUGCCCGAGAAGCGCACGGCCACGGUGGGCACUGCCAUGAUGGGCUCCACCCACAUCUACGACAUGUCCACGGUGCUGAGCCGCAAGGGGCCGGCACCGGAGCUGCAGGGCGUGGAGGUGGCGCUGGCCCCCGAGGAGCUGGAGCUGGACCCCAUGGCCAUGACGCAGAAGUACGAGGAGCACGUGCGGGAGCAGCAGGCCCAGGUGGAGAAGGAGGACUUCAGCGACAUGGUGGCUGAGCACGCCGCCAAGCAGAAGCAGAAGAAGCGGAAGGCGCAGCCCCAGGAUGCCCGCGGUGGCGGCAAGAAGUACAAGGAGUUCAAGUUUUAGCCCCCGUCCCCCCCCCCCCACUCUGGUUUUACACCCGCUGCCUGGGGGCAGCCCCCCCCUGCCCCCCCCGUGGUUUUGUGACCUCCCUUUUGUAAAUAAAGUGCUGGGCGCUGCCCGUCCUGC